UACCAUGACAACCCUUGCAGUCGUAAACAUCAACAAAAGGUCGUAAAAGUUCUGUCUGAAAAUCAAUUUGAUAAAAUUUUGAUUAAAAAAUAAGUGGCCAGGAUGUCUGGCCAAUCGCUGGAUUUCGUUCCUGACUACAAGACUACACUGAAAGUGGAACCUGAUCUAGAACACCAGCAACAUCAACAGCACGUAGAGAACCUGACAGUGGAAUCGAUAUCGAUCAUCAAUCCCGUUCCUCCGACAUCGAGCAUCCAACCCGGUCCAUCAGCAAAUCCAGAUGGCAAACCGACCAAGAAGUCCCGCAAGAAGCGAGUGCAGAUAACGCGGCGGGAGGCGGCCAGGCAAGCAGCCCGGGAACGGCGCCGCCAGGGUCGACAGGUCAUCAACGAAAAGUGCGCCUGCCAUCUUUCCUGCGGGGAGAAGAUCUCCGAGGAACAUCGGAAGGUGCUGAACGAAAAGUACUGGGCGAUGGACCUGAAGGAGCAAAAGGCGUUUGUUAAGGCGCACUCGGAGCCGGGUCAGGUCAAGAGGCGUCGGGCGCCGAUUGAUCCGUUGGGCGGGGGAGCGGAGGUGAAGAAGGCGUUCACGUACUCUUUUCGCCUGCCAAACCCGGAGGGCUUGUUGCUGUCGGUUUGCUGUACGUUUUUCCUGAACACGAUUGGGUUUCGGCAGGGUUGUGGGAAUACGAUCUAUCGGACGCACAUGAAGGACAUUACGCAGGACAAGAGGGGGAAGUACGAGCGGGAUCGAACGCUGCACGACGCCGUUUGGGACGAUAUUCUUUCGUAUGCGCCGCGGACCUACCACAAAGGGUCCAAAUACAGUGCGACGGCGUUGUAUUUGCCCACGCAGCUAAACGCCAAGAUGAUGCACGCGGAAUUCAAGCAGAGACAGGAGGCGUUUGGACGGAAGGGCGGGAGUGGAAGCUAUUACUGUUCGGUUCUGCGAGAGAUGGACGUCCACUUUGUGGAAAUGGAUGAUUUUGAAAUUCCGGACAGGAAACCGAUUCCGGUGAUGGUUAAACCCAAAGAAGAAGAGCCUUCAGUUGAACAUGUUCCUGAUGUAGACGGUUCAGCGAUGGUUCAGCAGUACGAGCAGUGUCCUCCUGGGCCAGUACACCCGUACCAUCAUCCUUCAGCGGUGGCACCGCUUCAUCAUCCGUAUCAGAUAGAGCACAAGCCGGCUGUGGUGCAGCAUUAUACAAGCAUUCCGCCGCACCUGGAUGUUCCUCAAAACUAUCACAUACAUGUCGUGAAGCAGGAACCGUCAUACUACGGAGCACACAUGCAUUCGAUGCCCUCGCAUGAGUCACACUAUGCUGAACACGACGACCGUGACGACUACUCGGAAUCGUACUCCAACAUGGUCGAAGGGCACGGUUAUUCCGUCGAAUCUAGCUACCACGACACGGCCGGUAACGUGAUCAAUCCGGAAGAGCCCAAGAUCGAAAUUAUCCACGAGGAGUACGCCGCGUGUCCGGAUUCGUACGAAGAAAGCCACGACUACGAGUCUCAAGGUCCAUCCGAUCAACCGCCAACGAUGCUAUCCGAACCGCCGGAAGAACCUGCCCAGAAAGUUCCGUCCAAGCAGAAGCGCCCCAAACGACCAUCAGAACCACUUCCAGCAAUCCUACCGGAAGGUUACCCGCCGGUCAAGCGAACCAAGCGCUUCAUUGCUCGAGUCAGCAACAAAGCACGCCGGCGCCAAUCUCACCCCGUGAUGCAGCUGGACUGUAACUGCAUCUGGAACUGCAAGGACAAAAUCAGCCUCGAACAGCAGGAACAGAUCAACGGCCAGUACUGGGACAUGGGCUAUUGCGACCAGCGGUUGUUUAUGCUUGAGCACACCGAACGGCACUCGAUCAAACGCAGGCGGGCCAAGGCCAAGGAAGAAGGUCCCGCCAGGAAGGGUUACACGUACUCGUACAAACUAACCGACAGCAGCGGCCAGUAUCAGAGCGUGUGCUGCCAAUUCUUCCUCAACACGCUCGGAUUUGGCAUCGGUUCCGGCAACGUAAUCUACCGCGCCCAUCAGGUAGAACUUAGCGUGGCCAUCAGCGACAAGCGCGGCAAGUUUGCCCGCGACCGAACCCUCCGCAAUCUGGUCGAUGACGACAUUCUGUCGCACUUUAGCGCCGAGCAGCAGGAGAGUGGCCGCCUCGAUCUGACCGCAACCGAGUGGACGCCCAAGAAGCUGUACAACGUGCACGUGAAACGGCAGGCCGCCCUCGGCAACGACAAGCCGGGAAGUUUUGCCUUUUACUGGCGCCGGACGAAGGAUCUGAAGGUGAUGUUUGCGCCGCGGCCGGAACCGAAGGCUGGUGGAAGUGGCGGGAGUAGGAAGCCGCGGGCGAGGCCCCAGAAGCGACCGGCGACGCAGCAGCAUCCGGAGAUAAUUCCGCAGCCGGGAGGGGGGUAUUUGUACGUGACUGGUGCACCGGAGUAGAGUUCGCGGUGUCUCUGAACUCGACGCUUUUAUUCUAGUGAUUAUUUAUUGAAUGUUUAGUUGAUAGAGCAGUGGUGUUUUCUACAAGUGCUACAAUAAAUACAUUUAUGAAAAAUCAAUAAAAAAAA